CAAAAUCUCUCUACGGGCCGUAAUGCCGCAAAGACGAGUUUCCCGUCUAGAUGGCUGGGUAAAAUAUAUCUCCCGCCGAUCAGCUUCUCCAUUGCGCCUGCGUCAUAGCACACAUCUACCAUCUUGUCAGGGUAUUCUUAUUAAGCUAUGAGUCCUUCUACAUCGAGAAUGGAUACUAUCUCUGUAUUGCCGCUUGACGCGGGAGACACGGGUUCUGGCCCCAAAAGGGGAAGAAGGCCACUAGAAGUUCCGGAGGGUGGAUCUGUGACAAUCCGCCGAAGGAUGCAAAACCGUAUGGCUCAGCGAGCAUAUCGCCAGCGUAAGGAGUCGGCUAUCGAUGUUCUGAAGCAGAAAGUCGAAGAGCUCGAGAGGUCCAAGGAAGACAUGGGAAGAGAGUUUGUUAACUUCACCUCUGUGAUUCUUGAGCAGGAUACUGUCAAGAAUAAUCCACAAAUCAUUGAACACAUUAAGCAGUCUACUCUCAGUUUGUUGUCCAACGCUCGAGAGGUAGAUGAGAAUGAGAGACCUGACGUCCAAGAUGGGGAUCAGAAUGAUCUCCUCGACGAUCUUCCAGCUGGCGUCUCAGCUGAUUUCACGCCUCCCAUCCCCCAAGCCCAAGAUCUCGACUUUCCUAUGAUGGAUGUCACCAGACAGUUAGACUACACCACCAACCCCAUCGACCCCAUGCUCUCCCAUCCAAGAUCCAGCUCCGACCCCAACUCCGAUUCGACACCUCAUUCCUUUGAUGCAACCUCCUAUUUCCAGCCCCCCACCACCCAAACACCCUUCUACGACAUGACCUACCAACUCCCCGGAUCAACGUGGGACUCUACACUCCCCAACCCUCGAUCCUAUGCAGCUCAAGAACUAACCUUUGGCCGACGGUACCAUAGAGCUUCUCAAGAAGCCGCUUUCCUUCUAGCGUCCAUGAGACAUGCGCCUCCUACGUGGUAUCGCAAGGUCUUUGGGUUCUGUAUGCACUUUGAGACGAGGGAGGAGAUAAGUAGUCGGUUGGGUGAGGCGUUGCGCAAAUCGAGGGAGACUACGCUUAAUAAUUGGAGGUUUCCGUUUACUAAUGUUGGUGGUGCUGGGACAUUCUUUCCUGAUCAGGGCUAUGGUAGCUGUGACCUACCUAUUGGGAAUAGGUCUUUGGAGCAUGAGGCAUACAGACCAUCAGAGAUGUCAGGUUUCUCCAUGGGACCUUUCGGUCCAUCUCUCGAACAGAUCCGAGAUCUACGAUUGAACCCUCAACUACGAAUUAUUGAUCCAGAAUAUGACGGAGAUUUCUUCGACUCAGAUGAGAUCGAGAUUUGCCUCCGCGGCUACGGCGUUACUAUUCCAUCAGGGAAAGACUUUGUAACAGCUCAUAUUGACAUGGGUAUGUUUGAGAGAUCAUCAGACUCGGAGACGAGUUCUGAACCUACUACGCCUCCCGAUAUUCCAGGUAACGGCAACUUCGUGGAGGAAGAUAUUCUAAGCGAUGAACCUGCUUCGUUUUCUUGUCCCGCUGGUUUGAUGGGUAUGGCGAUGGGAGCGAUGCCGCCACCGCCAAAGGGUAAAGGACCUGGGGAGCAGUGGAAGACGCCUAUUAGACGUGAGACGAAGGUCAAGAUCGACGUUGAGCGACUGAUCAUGUGUCUUGUCAACUCAACUGUGUGUCUCGGGAGAACACCCGCCGUUCGGCCUGUGGACAUCCGUAAGUCGUUAAAGAUGUCCAUCAUCCAGGAAGACUAGCAUUGGGAGGAUCAAAUCGAAUGAUGUGGUGCUGGUGUAUUUAUGGCGAUAUGAAUGGAAACAAGCGACGCAAGAAUGAGAUCGAAAAAUAAUGGGAAAAUGACGGUGGUAGUUCAAUAAAUAUCUCUAUUUUCUUUCCUGAUCUCCUG